AUGGCCAAGUUUGGGCUGCGCGGAGUCAGCUUCAGCUGCAGCUUGAUCGUCGUAGCCGUGAUGUCUACCGUCUUAACUAUGUUCGAUGCCACCAAGGUGCACCAAGGUGCUUCCCAUGCGCAACGGCAUACGCGCCUGAUCUUAAUCCUCACGGUCUCGUGCCUGUCGGUCGUUAUUUGCAUGUUUAUCUUUUGGCCCUAUUGCCGGGGCGGGUACCGAAAGGUAGAAAAGGUGGCGGUUUAUUACACGCUGUUGACCAUAGGAGGCUUUAUCGUCAGGAUAGGGCUGGAUAGCGACUGCUGCUUUUCUCCAACAUCAGCGCAACAGCAACGACAACAAGGACAUGUGUGGUCUUGGGCCCAGACGCCGCGCGCAGAGACGUUCGAAGACGACGUCGACUAUUCCCUGCUCUGCAGGCUGCAGGUAGGUAUCGGCAUCAUUUCUAGCACAUACGUGAUGUCGCAGAUGUCGUAA